AUGUUGGCUUCGGAGCAUGAUCUUCUGGAUGAUUCGGUUUUUGAACCUCUUUUGCGAUUGAGCUUUUCGGGAGCGGUCACCUCGGCUCAUGCAUCGCCACCAUGCCGGGAGUAUUCCAGGUGCAAGCUUAUCCGGCCUGGUCCGAAGCCUUUGCGCACCCCGGAACAUUUGGCAGGGAUCCCAGGUCUUUCUUCUUCCGAACAAGAGCGAGUGGACGCCAGCCGGACUUUGAUGGAGCGGGCCGUCGAGCUUCUGCACGCCACCUACAAGGCUGGCGGGCAUUUUAGCCUUGAAAAUCCAGCAAACAGCAUGCUUUGGCUGGAAGAAGCGGUUCGCAUUCUGCUUCAGAAGGCCAAUGCCGAUGUGCUUGUGGCAGCGGCUUGCGCUUACGGUUGGGAUAUCUCGAAACGUCGCUUCGACAUGCCUUUCGCGCAUCAAGAUGGGGCUGGCAUCUACUCGGUCCCCGACUGGUCUUUUCCCCCGAAUGGGACGGUUGACAGACUUCAGCAGGUCAGGCAUGCUCUGACUCAGAAGCUUUUUGAGUUGAAGGCCCCGAUUCGCUUGCGAGAACAUGUCCUGGCCAAGUCGGAUUCUCCAUUGUUUUCGGAGGGAGAGAUUGAAAGCUUUCGGGCCAUCUUUUCAGAGUUCUUGGUGGCCACGACGGGCCGUCCGGUGGACUGGUCGGUUCAACCUUUUCAGCCGUACACUCUCAAUGCACUACAGCAACUGUCAGAGGCCUUGGAAGAUCCCGACGCGACAACUUCGGAGGAGCAACCUUUGAUGGAGUGCCAAGAGAAUUGGAAAGGAGCUCGCGAGAAUCCAGAAACUCUGGAGUCCUUGAUACAAGAAGAACUGGAUAACGGCUACUUGGAGGAGGUCACACUUGAGGAGGCUCGCUCCAGGUGGCCGGAGGUUGCCGUUGGGAAACUCAACGUUGUGAUCGUGCCGGACAAAAACCCUCGCUUGACGGUCGAUGAAACAAUAUCUGGCGUGAACCCGGCUUGCCACAUUCCGGAGAGGGACCGUGGUUUAUCUGGAAUCACUUGCAACGGCAAGACUUAUUUCUAUCGGGUCAUGCCCUUCGGCAUGAGCUGCUCAGCCUACUGGUGGCAGCGUCUUUCCGGCUUCUUUAUGCGAACCUGGCAUCUUCUGGUGUUCUUGGCUCACUUCAUGUCCAUGUACGUGGACGAUUUGAUAUUAGCCAUGGCCUCUGGUGCCUUGGACAUCUCAGCUUGUCUGCUUCUCGCCUUUGCAGCAGCUUUCGGUAUCAGGUUGUCGUGGCCUAAAUUACAAUUACAACUGGGUUCUGAUUGUCUUUGGAUAGGCUGGCAGUUGUCUUAUCGGGCUGGUACUGUUCGGGUUCCGCAGUCUAAAAGGGAGAAAUUGCGCGGCCUGCUGAAUCCCCUGCUGGUUGCGGGCCCAGUAGAGCUGAAGCUGAUCCAACAAGCUUUGGGACUUCUUCAAUGGAUCACGCAACUUCACAAGGAGCUUCGUCCUUGGCUUUCUUCUUUGUAUGAUGACAUUUCGAGGCCGCCGGGGACGUCAUUUUCCAUUGAGCCAUCUCGGUGGGGAUCGUUGGCUCCUUGCUUGUCGGAGGCGAUGGUUUUCAUCUCCACUCCAGCAGGCACGGCUAUCCCAGUGGGCUCUAAGCUGCUGAGUGCUCGGCACAUCGAACUGUGGAAGAAAUCGGAUUUGGCCAAGGUUCCGCUUACUUCCAAGCGGGUAUGGAUGAGGAUUGCGGAUCCUCAAUCUCGCUUUCGGCGCUUAUCUGGGCUGAGCAGGCGCCUUUUGCAAUUCUGGUUUGAUUGGUGCGGCUCACAUCAAUUUCACGAAUGUUUGAUGCUUCCUCAGCGCUCUCUUGAUGCUACCAUGGCUGCUGACGCUUGUGCUCAGGGUACUUCGAUCGGCGUUGGCGGCUUCAUCACGUUGCCGGGCUCGGAUUCCUUGUGGUUCUCCGAGCGUUACGAUCUGGCCGAAAUCAAGUAUUUGGAACUUCCGCUGCAUUCCGAAGCGCAGAAGGACAUCUCAUGCUGGGAAACAUUGGCUCAAGUGGGCCUCAUGCUUCUCUUUGGGCACCUGUGCCCUGGCGGGCGUAUGAGAAUUUGCGUUCCAUCGUUCUGCGACAAUUCUGGUGCGGAGUCUAUUUGUGCGAAGCUUCUGACGACGAAGUCGCCUCUUUGUUUCUUUACCCAACUGGUGGCGAUGAUAAGCACUCGCAUGGGGAUCAGUCUGGAUGUGCAACGCAUCGCGGGUGAGCGUAACAUUGACGCUGAUUUCCUGUCCAGGUGGGAUGGUGUCAGCCCUUUGCCUGCACCAUGGAAUCCCGACUUCAGAUACCGCUUCACAGUCGCGGAUUUCUUCGAUCUACGUCAUGAUGUGCGGCUUUUCCCAGCCGAUGCCAAGCUGCUUUGGAAGCUGCCGCGAUGA